AUGCCUGCUCGUCAACAUCCAUCCAAUACCUCGGCAGUCCCUUUGUCAACCAGUCCAACUUCGCCUAAUCCCAGAUCUUCUCUACGCCGCCUAAGCUCUCUCGCCAACCUCCAUCAAAUCAAUCCGUUCAAUUCCUUCAACCGCAGACGCUCGAGUCAUAGCACUCAGAACUCUGACGAUGAUCCCUAUCUUCUCAACACCUAUCAACAAAGACCGCAAAACCAGCAACGCCGGCAGACCUACAUGUCCCUGUCUGAGGAGCCAUUGCCUGCGUUACCCAAAAGUAGCACUUUCAGCAACCUGCCCAUGACACGAAACCGCAACAACUCCAAGCCGCCCUUGUCUAUGAAGCCGCCAUCACGCAUUCCAACGCCUUCGAUGGGUUCCAAUACAAAAACUAGACUGGCCAGUGCAACCAAAAGCAUUCUCAAGGUCGGUAAUCGACGUGGUCUUGUCCGAUCAGAUACCGAGACACUGCUGGAACCUCAUCACUCGCACGACUUUUCCUACUCGGCCCACGUUCUUAAGGAGAACACUUCAAUUAGUAGGAACAGAGCGGAUACGAAGCCAAUGAGACUGCCGCAAGUUCCGCUGGAUCCACUUGACAUCAACGUCCGCUCUCUCAAUUCGUUCCAACGACCACGGACCCCAGCUGGUCAACUACCCAAGCCUUUGCCGAGGAGGGACUCAUUGCAGCCACCUACACCUCGAACUCCACUAUCCAAGGUACCCUCAGACCAACUUGCACAAACUCCAAUCACCGUGACAGCCAAACUAAGAAGACGGACGAUGCUUCCUCCCGAAGUUGUUCCUCUACACUCCCUCUGCGACAAGGUCAAGCAGCGGCCUUCUCUUAGCUCGGACUUGCAGUCCCGUCAACUUCUCACACCCCGCGCCGCACCCACACUUUCACCAUCUUCCUGCCCACGUCCCUCGGCUUCCUACCUCCGACCCGACGACUCUACCAGCAACGUCAGCAUCGCCAGUGGCUUUGUCACUUCAGCCCAGUCUACUGCUUACUGGAGCGGCCGCUUAAUGUCACAGUUUGACAGGCGACGCAACCAGGAACUCCAGGCACUCGUGGGACGCACCGAGCUAGGACUGUCGUAUCCAGAGAACGACCUGAACGCCUGUCUGAGAGAGCUGCAGAAGAAGUGUGUGACGGAAGCUGCGAGGCUUAGCUUUGCGAUGUUCAAGGCCAGAGUGCACGUCAAGGCAGGAACAUUGGGUAGCACUACGGGCAUGGCGGAGGGCGGAGUUGAGAGGAGAGGUAAAGACAUGGUUGAAGCGUAG